ACAUCCAACUAGAAAUUAUCCUAACAGAUAAUUCAGGAUAAGUAUUUGUGUGGCAUAUUCUUUGUAUUGUUUGAAAGGAAAUUAUUGUAUUUUUUGUGGUAUUUUUGCCUUAGGACAAUGGUUUUCUGGCUCCUUGAAGGAAUUACAGCUGUCCUUCUGUCGGUCGGUCUGUCUGUGAAUGGGUGGUUGGCCAGUUUUGGAGUACAGUAUUAAUAUGGGAUCAGCAAGCCACGUGACUCGGCAAAAGUUUUGCAAUUGGCUUCGAUUUCUUGCGUCUUGUGAUGGUGCUUUGUGUUAGGCCAUCGCCCCUGCUUUUAUAGAGCCGGCAGGGCUACUUUGGCAUUUCUUGUCAGCCUGUGUCCGACGAGUCCAGCUUGAUGUUCCUGUCUAGCCUCAGGAUGGUGAUCUUUGGCCCCGGUGCUGCUUACGCCGCUUGCACAGCCGGAUGAGCCUGACCUGGAGUCGAAGAUGAACUGGGGAACCUUUUAUGCCGUGAUCAGCGGUGUAAACAGGCAUUCCACCGGCAUCGGACGCAUUUGGCUCUCCGUCAUCUUCAUCUUCCGCAUCCUGGUGCUGGUGGUUGCCGCCGAGAGCGUUUGGGGCGAUGAAAAGUCCGGCUUCACCUGCAACACCCAGCAGCCCGGCUGCAACAGCGUCUGCUACGACCAGUUCUUCCCAAUCUCGCACAUCCGGCUGUGGGCUCUCCAGCUCAUCCUGGUGUCCACCCCGGCGCUGCUGGUGGCCAUGCAUGUGGCCCACAGGCGACAUGUCAACAAGAAGGCCCUGAAAAGGUCGGGCCGCGGCAGCCCCAAGGAGCUGGAGCACAUCAAGAACCAGAAGUUUGAGAUCACAGGAGCUCUUUGGUGGACAUACAUGAUCAGCAUCGUCUUCAGACUCAUCUUUGAGGUGGCGUUCCUCUACGUCUUCUACUUGAUCUAUCCUGACUUUAAAAUGGUGCGUCUGGUGAAAUGUGACUCGUACCCUUGCCCCAACACGGUGGACUGCUUCGUCUCCAGACCAACAGAAAAGACGAUAUUCACAGUGUUCAUGCUGACCGUGUCCGGGGUGUGCGUGCUGCUCAACCUGGCCGAGGUGGUUUACCUCAUCGCGAGGGCCUGCAAACGGUGCAUGAAUUGCCCCGAGGACGAGGCCAAAGCAGCUUGGAUAACUCAAAGGUUGUCUUCAUACAGACAAAAUGAAAUCAAUCAGCUGAUAGCAGAUCAUUCGCUCAAGUCGAAGCUAACUGUGACCAAAAAGAGCCCGACCGAAAAGGGCGAGAGGUGUUCUGCCUUCUGAAGCUUCGUUAAACUAAUAAAUCAUGCCUGUGAUAUGGUAUUCUCUGCAUUAACGACACCUUAACUGUAUAUUUGUUUAUUUUACUGUUUAUUUAUAUAAAUGCAUAAUAAAAUCAUUUACUUGUUUUCUUUUUAUAUUCACUUAAUUGUGAUGUUUUUUCUUGCCUAAAUCAUCGGCAGCAUAUGAAGACGUAGUAAUGAUUUCUUACAAAUCUGACAUAACAAUGCAUUAGGUUGUGGCGCUCGGCGUCUCGCACUCGUUCCCACACGAGUCGACACUGUGGGAAACCUGGCUGAUUUAAGAAAACCAUAAGAAUUUGUUUCGUUCACGGCUGCAUAUUUGUUGCAUGACGGAGCACUACAAGCAGGAUGCAUUUGAUGGGCUCUUGCAGGUGCAGUUGGUCCAGGCUCUCAAAGCUUCCAGUUUACUGCCAGCAUAGUCGUAUAUAUGAGCUGUGAAAUAGAGGGACUUCUUCCAGAACACAAAAAUAUGAUAAAAAAGUAGGUGCUGUGGAACAUUUACAUUGUAAAUGUAUCACUUUGGAAGCCAGUCCUCGAUCAGUUUGCACACAAGGGUAUGGUACAGCAGCUUCUGUGAUAUUUUACAAUUUUUUGUUGUUGACACUUUUAAGGUUACAAAACUACAACCAAAUAGUCCUAAAUAAGGAUGAACAUCACUAGAGCAAUCAUAAGCCAGAUGAGGAAAUAUGCUUUUAUAUGUAAUAUUUAUUGGUGCCUUUCUCUAAUCUGGUGCAAGUGUUCGGAGACAAGGCUGUUUACUCUCAAUGAAAAUGUCUAACUUUGUGUAGAAGCGGCUGCAUACCUUAGAUUGUGUUAAAAUAAAAACAAAUUAUUGCUAUAAAUUCAGGUGGGGUGUAGACUCGGUCAGACUCAUGUAACAAAAAAACUAUUAUAUAAAAAGCUAGAAAAUGGCCUGUAAAAUUAACAUGUCAUAAAUAAACCAUAUUUUGACCAAAUGCUUUUAAACACAGGAUUUAUUCAAAAGAAAAAUUAGAACAUUACUUUUAAUCUUUUGGGGGUCCCCCCGCCCCCCGCCGGGUCACCCUUAGUUGUUAUGCUGCUGUACUGUAAAUAUUCAUCUAAGAAAACUCCUUAUUUGCAGCCGGCUUAGUGUGUUGGUAUUAAUUAUUUAUGAGGUAAAAUAAACAAUCUGUGAUAUAGGGUUAAUAAAUACAAUAGUAAUGAUUUUUUUGCUUAAUCACAAACCUCUUGAAACCUUGCAGGUCAUAAACUAAUGGGAUCUGCUCAAUAAAGUGCAGCAACCAGGCUAACUGCUGUUAGCAAUAGGAGCUAACAGUCUUUCUGCAUUUUGUGUUUUGAAACAUCCUCAGGAAAGGUUGUCCAAUACUUUGUAUGAAACAUUCAAUGAGAAACAAUCUGCCAGAAAGGCAGUUAAGCAGUUUUUAUUUUUCCUGUUAGGAUUUAUAAGAAAUCAGACACUUUGAAUUUUGAGUUGGUGUGCAAACAUCAUCUAACUUCAACUAGUAGGUUAAGUUGAAGAAGUUCUGCUCUGUUAAAUAUUCAACAUUUGAACUGGAAAUUUUGACUUCUGAGUAAAAAUUACAAUUUCUUUUAUUUUCUCUUAUGACCAAACAAACUGAAAACGUCAAAGUUUAGUUAUACUAAUGGUAUAAAAUACUUGGAAAUAAAAUGAAAAUCAAAUUUUGCAUUUACUGAGGUGGGUGUUGCUUUCUUCUUGACUCUAAUAAAUGUUUGACGUUGACCAGCUUUUCAACUGAUCCUGUUUAGAACGUGCAUCUGUAUAUUGCUUACUUUGCAUCAGUCGAGGUCUGAAAAUUUCAUGUCAAAAGACACCAUCAUUGUUUUCACGUUGUUGUUGUUGACUCAACACAUUUUUAUGCUCUCGAAUGCAUAAAUGCACCGGUUCACACCCAGGCAAAAACCCUACAUGCAGUAUGUUGGGUUAUUACGCACUGUGUAAUAAAGAAACAAACUACCUGAUCAA